AGAGGCAGUGGAGCCGCGGAGCGAACGGAACGAAGCAGUUGCUGCCUGCUGUCCGUCUGAGGGGGACGUCCCGCCUUCGCUUGGAGUUCGUUCUUGUGUGAUUGUUAUUACGGUGUCGAAAGAAAAACAAGGAGAAACAUCACACACUUUUUAAAACAUUCCCGGCGACACCUUCAAUUACUUAUUCUAACGACGUUUUAACAUACAGUUAUUGAACUUUUACGAUUCCAUUGAUAGUUUUAUCAACUGAAGGAGUCAAAUCUGUCAACAUUUAAAGCCACAGACUACCGAGGUUUCAGAGACAAGUGACCUCAAAAUCUGUCGCAACGGGUACUCAACUCCAUCGCUCCCGACGGCCUCCCGUUCGUAGAGGCGCAGCGUAAGAAGGAAAAUGAAUCUGAAACGACUGAACAUGUUUAGUAUGGAGAACAAGCUGGUCGGCUGGCUGAGACACGUCCUCACGGUCAUCUCCGUUAUAAUUUUCAUCGUCGGCUGCGUGAUCCUGGGCUACAUGGCGUGGGUCCUCGCCACCUCCAUCACCGUGUCGCGAUUCCUCUCUGGAACCCUGAUCUUCACGUACAGCGUCCUGGGCGUCGGGUUCCUGUUCUUCCUCACCGGCCUCGUCGGCUGGGUCGCCAGCGCGUCCGAGGUCCUCUGCCUGCUGCGCCUGUACCUGAUUGCACUCGUCCUGGCCAUCGCCACGGAGAUCGGGGGCCUCAUCGCGCUCAGCAUCCUCGACACCAAGCUGGAAAUGGUACUCCUGAACGGUUGGGCUGAGGUCAACCAGGGGACACGCAACAUUGUCCAGAAUAAAUUCAACUGCUGCGGAUUUUAUGGACCCAAGGAGUUUGCCUACACUAACUACCCUCUCAGCAAUUCAUGUUAUGAUGGUGCAUCGGAGACGGAUGUCGAUGCCUUCACCAAUGCCCAGCAGCUUAAGCAGACUGGAUGUGGCGCCCCACUCAAAUAUUGGCUGGACGAUAACAAAGCUGUCUGGUGCUCUGUCCUGGCGGGUCUCGGGGGCCUCCAGCUGAUGUGCGUGAUUCUCUGCAUCCACAUCAUCCACAAGCUCAAGGACAAGUCGGGCUACAAGAGGACCUCCUCCAAGCGGCGCCUCCACGACGAGAAGUCGGCGUACUCCCUGUGAGCCGUCGACCACCAUGAACUCAUAUGGUGAACUCGGAUGUUUGUCGCCUGUGUUCCAUCUCCCAGCUUUUCCUGGUUGUGAAACUCCGUGGGAAGUAAGGCUGUAGCUAUCACUUUCGACCUUCAUUUGACAAUUCUUCACCUGGCCCUUUCUGUAUUUGAAUAUUUUAAAUUCAUCUCCGCAUAUAUCUAUCUAUUUGGAGGAAUUAUAACGAUUUUAUAUCUCUUUAUUUAUUCCAAUACAAAAUUAUUUUUAAAUUGUUGUUAUUUAAAAUUUAAUUGUUAAAAACUGAAAACGUUGUAAACGUUUCCUUGUUCACAAUAGCUAUAAAGCAAAAUCAAUGACCUUGACACGUCUUGAGAUAUACAUAUAGUAGUACGGACUUAAACAAUCAUAUUUAGCAAUGCCAAGCAAUUAAGCCAUGAAAAUGUGCCAUCAGUUGUAGUAGUGCUCUCUGUGUUCAGGUAUAUCUGUGUGGUUUAUCAGAAAGUGUCGAGGCAGACGAGUGGUAGUACCAAGAGAAUAAACUUUCUAGUUCACCAUAUGGUUCAUGCAAUAGUAGUGGUCGACGGGAACAAAUGAAUCUCGGUUUUUCUAACAUCGAAGUCUCAAUUCGAGUCCUCUACUUCAUCUGUUAGGCCGCGCCACACGGUCGAGCUCUGCCCGAAGACUGUACUUCAGGACAAAGUCUGCGGCCAAUACUCGUGACGUUUGUGUGUGCCGGAGCCGAGUUGCUCUAUGCGCAUUAAAUUUGAAGUAGAUUGUCCACGUUGCAAGUGGUUGGGUGCGGUACGGUUAUAAAUUGGUGAUUUCGCUCAAUGUCGGGCACGGUUAUUCGGUUGUCUGCCCGCUAAAGAUGCUCGAUGAUGGGCAAAGCCCCCCUUUUCCGCCAGGCAGUGCUUGGCCGUGUGUAAGCGGCAUUAGUCAAGCAAAUUACUUUGCAUUUUUUUAAUAGUCUACUAUACCUCUAUACCUCUUUCUGGCAGAUGAAAAAUAAUUAGAAACACUCCGUUUGAUAUGAUUUUAUUCCUAUAAAAAUAUGGCUUCAUUAAUUUCGAGAGGAAGGUAUUCUAUAAUUUUGUACUUGAACCCCAACUGACCAAUAAAUACAUUGCUACGAACUUUAUAUAAUUCUGUACGAUGCUCCGUAUAAUGAAAACAUUUAGACUUUAUAAUGUAAGUGGUUAUCGGCAUCAAGAGUUUCGCUAAUUGUUUCGGAACUUUUGAUCCUGAUGAGGUUACAUACGUUACCUGUUAUUGUUGAUUAUUUUGUUGAAGUGGCAUGUGCGGUACUGUAGCUCAUGAAUGUACUGUGUAACUAUGUCUGAUCUUAUAAAGCAACAUAGUACACUCAUGUUUAUCUUAAUGCUGUAUCAUUUUAAUAAUUUUAUGUCGUCUAUGUCCCUCAGAGAAAACAGAGAGAUUGAAUUAUUUUUAUACCGCCUUUAGGAUGUGCAACCAACAUUACUCUGUAUGUUUCAGUGUCUGGAAGCCCAUAAACAGAUUAGACAGUCGAGAAUAUGAUGUUUGUCCUUCGCUGCUUAUAUGUUCGCUUUCCUUCUCCAGUGUAUGUGCGGUUUGUUUCACACUACUUCUGCCGCUACGUUUUGUGGAGCCUUGUUUGUUUGUUGUUUGCUGUAUCCUUUCCUCAGCCUCUUUGUUUUAUGACUAUUUUGACCGUAAGUAGACUUUUGACUUACUUGUAUAUAUGUACAUCACCUUUUCCCGCUUUUAUAAAUGUAGAUAAAUUCAGCUGUUUUAGACAUGAAAUCAAUCAUUGUUUUUUAUCAAUAAAAUUUCUCUUGGACUA